AUGACCAACCCUAAAGACUCUUCGGAAAAGUCACCUGCAGAGAAGGAAACCCAACCCCAACAAUCCCAGGGUGGCGAAGAGGAGACUGCUGGUGCUGGUGGCUCAUCAUCAUCUCCUCCCAAAGAAAAAGGAGAGACUGCGAAGUCUGUUGCUGAAGUUGGAGGAGGAUCAUCCUCCGUGGUCCCUCCAAGGCCUACUCAAACUGGUGCAGGGAGGGGAGGUGCUCCCACCCGCCUUCAACCCCGGGCUGCUGCCUCGGCGUCCAGGGCUGUUGGCAGCGGUGGUGUAGGAGGAACUGGUGGUGCAGGUGGCGAACAAGGAGGAGGAGGAGGUGGUGGUGCAGGAGGAGGACCUACUGCGGUGGCAACCGCUGCUAGGGCUCCACCAAGUGGAAGUGGUGGACGUGCAAAAAGAAAGGCGUCUGAAAUCAUCGGACCUGUUGGGGUUGAGAUGGUGUGCAGCGUCUGCAAGAGGGACUUUGGCUCCUGGAAAGCACUCUCUGGCCACAUGCGCUCUCAUCCUGAACGCCAAUGGCGUGGCAUUUUCCCUCCACCCGUUGAACCCCGCUUUGCUGCUGCUCAAGGACAGCAACCCAAUCCUCCUGAUCAACCACAACCACCAACAGGUCAAGGGGUCCCUGAGGAAAGAGUUGCUCUGGAUGUGGACCUGAAUCAGCCUCACCAGGGGGAAGAGGAGGAGGGUGGAGAAGAAGCUUCACCUCCACCACCGGAGCCGGAGAAGGAUGCUGGUGGCGGGGCUUUCGACCUCAACAUGCCACCUGCUUCCGGAGAUGGUGACGAGUGA